AGGGCACUGGUCAGCGAUGGUGGUCCUCACGGGAAAAUCUGCGGCUCGUUGCACGAGCACUGAAGAUGGAGCACUUCGCUGUUCUGGAUGGCUUUCUGCCUGAGGAGGUGUGCCAGGAAUUGGAAGAUGGCGCUCGCCACGCCAAGCCGGAGAUGGUGCGGGGCGCAACCGGUGCUGCUGCCAAAGUGCAGGGAGGGACUGACUUGGCGAAGGUGCUGAAUCAACCCAGCCGAGGGGAUGUGGUGAAGUUUUCCGAUGAUGGCCAAAUGCCCGGAUGUCAAGACUUCCUGCGCGACUUGGACGCCCUGGUGGAUGGCCUCAAGUCCUGCGAGGACACCGCGCCCAAGCUGCGUUGCGUGGACUGGGCCAAUGGUGCUAUGUUUGCCAUAUAUCCGGGAGGUGCUUCCAGAUAUAUCAAGCAUGUGGACAACACGCUGCGCACAGAUGGCCGACGCCUGACAGCGGUGCUGUAUUUGAAUCGCCACUGGACUGAGAAAGAUGGCGGCUGCCUGCGGAUUUUUGAGCCGACCAUGCAGAGCUGUCAGGUGAAGCGCGAUGUGGAACCGCUGUGGAAUCGCUUGGUGCUUUUCUGGUCCACACAAGAAGUACCACAUGAGGUACUUGCAAGCUACAAGGACCGCCUGGCAGUGAGCGUUUGGUUCAUUUGCGGCGAAGAAAGCUUGCGAAGUUCUGAGCCCUUCCAGCGGCUCUUCUGCCCCACAAAGUUGAGGUGUCUGAGUGGCGACCGGCGACAGUGCUUGCUAAGAGCUGCAAGAAGCGAAGAAGAGAGGUCGAGCCUGGCAAAGCUUCCGUUGGCGACCUCGUUUGGUGCGGAGUUGGAAGAGCUAAGCAGGCUCUUCGGCUGGCGCAGUGAGGAGGAAGUUCAGCGUGAACAAGAUACCGCGCAGGAUCAAGCCAUCCGCCUGGCAGUGCAGAAAGCUUUGGAUGGACAUCGCCCAGAGGAGGCCUUUGGUUUGAAGGCUCACAAGGUGAUUGAAAUUCCCAAGAACCCUUUGGACUUCGAGAUUGUGGAUGACGAAGUGCUGUUCGGACUGGUGGAUUAAUUCUCGUGCUGAGUCUGAGUGCAACCAAAGAAAUUGUUGCAAA